UUAGUAUAUAUAGUUACCGUCGCCGUGGUCAUAGGCAGAAGCAAAUUGUACUCCGAACCAAGAGAACCUCAAACCCAAACUAAAGAUGCGCGCCUUCAUCGUACUGUGCCUGGUGGCAGCCGCCUGCGCCGAUAAGCUCGGCUACAACUACCAGCCCGUGGCCCACUCCAGCUCCGGACUGUCCUUCGCUCCUGGAAGUGGUGCUAUCAGUGGUGGAUCCAUUGGAGGCGGUUCCAUUGAGGGAGGCUCCAUUGGAGGAGGCUCCAUUGGAGGAGGAUUCAUUGGUGGUGGCUCUAUCGGAGGAGGAAGCAUUGGAGGUGGUUCCCUUGGUGGUUCCAUCGGUGGUGGCUCCAUCGAUUCUGGCUUCGGCGGACUCGGUGGUCUAGGAGGUGGCGAAGCUCUGGCCGCUCCCGUCUCCUACAGCGCCCCCGCCCCCGCUGCUGAGCUCCAAAAGGAGUUCUUCAGCUACUCCGCCAACGAAGCCGACUUCGAUGAGCCUGAGGCUUUGGAACGCGUUGCUGGAUCCGUGAACAAGGGCCUGCGAGUGGUCUUCAUCAAGGGACCCGAGAACCGUGGCCUGGAGAACGCUGCCCUCGCCCUCGCCAAGCAGGCUGCCCAGCAGGAGACCGCCAUCUAUGUGCUGAACAAGCAGGCCGAUAUUGGAGAUCUUGCCCAGAAACUGAACGCCAUCCGCAGCAACUCCAACAACAAGCCCGAGGUGCACUUCGUCAAGUACCGCACUCCCGAGGAUGCAGCCAACGCCCAGCGCGCCAUCCAGGGUCAGUACGACCAGCUGGGAGGAUCCUCUCUGGCCCACAACGGUGGUGUGGCCUCCGCCCUGAACUUCGCCUCUGCUGGUCCAGUCCAGAGGGCCAAUGCUCAGAUCCCUCAGAACGCUUACCUGCCCACUUCCAUCUUCCGUCGUCGUUUGUAAAUAUGUUAACGACUUUGAGUUGAAGUUGUUGGCUGUUCUUGUUAAAUCUUAUUGUUGAAAUUUAUUGAAUAUUAAUAUACAAAAUUCUGAAUCCAAA